UAUUAUGCCGAUGCAGUUAUCCAAGGUUAAUUAAAGAGCGAAAAUCUCACCACAAAAUUCAACUACCUAUUUACAAAGUACCUGAAUUAUACGUAAUUGUGUUUAAAUUAAAGAAAAAACUCCAAAUCAUAGGCACUGUUCGAAGAGAGGUACAAAAUUGGUAUGAAUACCUACAAAACAUUUACCGUCCUCUGAUAAUUUUAAUUAGCACAAACUUGCAUGCUGCCGUUCGACUAACAAAAGCGUUAAUAACAUUGCAAGAUAAUUGAACAUUUUGACUAUCAGCAAACAGCAAAAUUGGACAUGUUUCAAGCAAUUCUCAAGCGCAACUAUUCAUGGAAAAGCAGAUGGCAAAACACUAGCAUUCCAACUGGCCAACUUAGCGAAGAAGUCAAAAUGUUUCUAGCAGCUUUCCCAAAAGUUGUUGAUGCGCUAACUACAAACGCAAGCUGUUACGGUUCACCACAAUUUACAAAACGCUAUAAGGAGUUAAUAGAAUUCACGGUAUUGAAGGAGCACAGAUUUAGACCGCCCAUAUUACUUGACGCUUAUAAAGCUCUGGAGUUACCGCAAAAUUUUAGUAAGGAAAAGUGGGAGUUGGUGGUUAUGUUUGCUUGGAGUUUAGAACUUACACAAACCGCGAUGGUCGUCCAGGAUGACACUUGGGAGCAGCAGGAAAGUCGUUGGAACGAAGUCUGUUGGCACAAAAUGCCAAAUGUCGGACUAAUUGCUAUAAAUGAUUCAAAUCUUUUGUACGAAUCGGCAUUUGCCAUUGUGAAGAAGUACUUUUCCGGUUUGCCAGAGUAUACGUCUCUGGUAGAGCUACUUCACUACAUGAAUUUGGUAACAUCAAUCGGCCAAUCAAUGGAUUGGGAGUGUAGGCAAAAUGGCAAACCGAUCUAUGAGUCAUUUAACAUGGAUCUAUAUCGUGAAAUUGCACGUCGUAAAGGAGGUACCGCAAUAGUUGAGGGGCCUUUCAUGGGUGCUUUGGCGCUUACUUACAAUUUACCACUGCUGGAAUACGUGAGGGACAUUCUGUCCGAACUUGGUGUAGCAUUUCAGAUUGAUAAUGACGUAGUGGACCUCUACGAUAAAAAUGGCAAACCUAAGAAUCCCAUAGGAACUGACCUUUGUGAAGGGAAACCCACAUGGAUGGCUAUUAAGGUUAUCGAAACCGCAGACGAAAAUAUGAAUAGAUUCUUUAGGGAAAAUUACGGUCGACCGGAACCGGAAUGCGCGCAGACAAUUCUUAAGAUUUACGAUGACUUGAAGAUAUUCGAUCGAUAUCUCGAUUAUCGUGUUCAAACUCAAAAAGAUAUAAAGAAACGAGUAAGCCGAAUGCCUUCCGGGUUGGGAAAUGCGAUUUUGUCUACGGUAAAUAACGUAAUACCGAGAUUGUUAGACGAUUAAUUAUAGAAUUGGUGUGUUUAUCAUUCAAUAAUCUCAUUAACUUCACGAACUAUGUAUAUGGUGAUGUAUCACAUAUAGGGGUCCUAAGUUGUUGUUUCCGAAUUACAAAUACAAAGGUUUGCGAAACAUCAAUCUUUGUAAAUGCGACUCAUCGAAUCGACUAACUUAUUUGACUAAAAUUAUCAACGGUUAUUCGAUUAUCCGUGUUUUGAUUGAUGCUCAUUGUAAAGAACUGAAACUAAACGGAUGUCUUAUUUGAACGAAGUAAACCCAGCGUUCCAAGGACCGAAGAAUUGGUAGCAUCUAAUGUUUUGGAGGAGUAACUAUAGAUUCUGGUGACUUUCAAGAGUCGAAUAGAUUUGAGGAAUUUGAACAACCUCAAGUGUCUGAAGUAUUUAACGAAUCUGAAAAAUUUAAAAUAACGGCAAAAAGGAUCUUAAAAAUAAGACGGAUGAAAAGAAUAAGAUGAGUCUGAUGUAUCAGAGAAACGGAUCAAAAACACCCGAAUGAACUGAAUAAUGCGAAGCGUUCAAAGAAUGUGAUGAAAGUAAGAAAUUAAACAUUCUGAACACCCAAUGGUGUGAAGGGUUUAAAGAGACUAAAUGCAUAAAAAAAGGUGCCAAAUUCUUGACAGAAAAGGUUGCUAGAUCAUUUAUUACUAAUACUUAUUACCAAUCAUUCAUUUAUUAUCUAAAGUCAGUAAAGCUAUUUAUUUCA